ACAAGACCCCUCACUCGCUUCGUGCAACCAUUUCACUUGCAUCCCGAUCUACCUUCCCGAAUGGUAACUCAAAGUCGAUCCUUUCAAGACCCCGGGUAACUCUUCGAUAAUUUUCAAACUUUCUACUCUGCCCCAAAUCGCACUUUGCGGUAGAACUGUACUAGCACAAGUCUCGCUUACUCAGCAAGGCUACCAAAGAACAUUUCGAGUCCUCGAGUUUAGACAACAGCUCAGCGUCCGCAAACAACUCCUUCGAAGCACAUACACUCGCCCACUACACCGACCCUCAGUCCCAAACCAUACCUUCAUCGGCCGUAUCGCCGCCAUGGGCUCUGUCGUCCUCCCCCAUCUCGUUACUGGCUGGCAUGUCGAUCAAGCUAUUAUGAGCGAGGACGAAAGGCUGGUGAUCAUCCGCUUCGGUCGUGACUGGGACCCUGAUUGCAUGAGACAAGACGAAGUCCUGUACCGCAUCGCCGAUCGAGUCAAGAACUUUGCUGUCAUCUAUGUGUGCGAUCUCGACCAGGUCCCCGACUUCAAGCAAAUGUACGAACUAUACGACCCGCUAACCCUGAUGUUCUUCUUUCGAAAUAAGCAUAUGAUGUGCGAUUUUGGAACUGGUAACAAUAAUAAGUUGAAUUGGGUGCUCGAGGACAAGCAAGAACUUAUCGACAUUAUCGAGACCAUUUACCGUGGAGCCAAAAAAGGGCGUGGAUUGGUGGUUAGCCCUAAAGAUUACUCUACACGAUAUCGAUAUUGAGCUCCCGAACCCGCCAACAUCUCCCUCACUUAAGUCA